AUGGAGCCAUUCAAGUCUAUCAAGUCGAUGACCCUUUCGAGGACAUCGAUACCUAAUGAAUUAUUAAUAAUGAUUUUUAAAUGUCUCUUAUAUCAGACAAGCUUCGAAUUCAUGGAUUCGAUAAGGUUAUGCUGCAAAACAUGGAACGAUCUAAUUAAUCUAAUUCUUAUUGAAGAAGUAGGAUACAAGAUAAACAAGCAGAUGAAUAUCGAGUGUGCAUCCGCAAGCUAUGAUAGUUCGCAAGGUACCUUCGUUAUUCUUAUAAGAGAUGAUAAGUUUGAACAAUUAAUUGGAUUGUUUCCCUCAGCUGGGGAUGUCAGAUGUGAAAAUCUUAAUGUUAGGCUUCAUUACGACAAUGGAGCACACGUAUUCGUAUUUAAUUUCGGAUUUGUUAGAUACUGGAAAGAAAAAUUGUCGGAAGGGAGAAGCAUAACUAGAAACGAAAAUCAUUGGAGGUACAAAAAUUGUACCUGUGACUACUUGGAUAUGAAUAAUCCUGAUUCUUUGGUCAUAAAAAUGACCAAAUUAACGAUCCCUUUAAAGAUUAUGUACAGAACUUUUGAUUCUUUGGAUGGGUAA